AUGGCUGUGACUGAUGAUCCUUCUGUUACUCUGCCUACUGGAAGUCCUUCCACAAUACAAUCCCCUCAAAUCACUAUCACAAAUGAUAGCUCUCAUCCCUUUUACCUUCAUCCUUCAGAUUCACCAGGGAUGAUUCUUGCCAAUUCCAUCUUUGAUGGAAAAGGAUAUGGAGGAUGGCGUAGGGCAGUUCUCAUAGCGCUCUCAGUUAAAAAUAAGGUUGGUUUCAUAGAUGCAACAAUCACUGAGCCACCUGCAGAUUCGGCCUCUUUCAAGGCAUGGAAUCGAUACAAUGAUAUGGUAAUAUCAUGGCUACUUAACUCUCUUUCAAAGCAGAUUGCUGAGAGUGUUCUUUAUUCUAAGACUGUUAAGGAGAUCUGGAAGGAGUUGGAAGAUAGAUUUGGUCAAAGCAAUGGAGCUUUGCUUUAUCAGCUGCAGAAAGAACUUAGCGAUUUAGUUCAGGGAAGUUCUGAUAUUGCUGGUUAUUACACAAAGUUUAAGAAAAUCUGGGAUGAAUUGGAUAGUUUUGAUACCUGUACUUACUGUAGCUGUGAAUGCUCUUGUGGAAGAAAGAGCAGAUUUGUGAGAUCUCGGCAUGAUGGAAGGUUUAUUCAGUUUUUGAUGGGGCUGAACGAUGCUUAUUCAGGGAAAGAGAAACAGAGAGAAAUUCAAGUUGCACAACAUCCUCUUGACUCUGCUUUCCUGGCCACAAAACAGCAAUAUCGAGGUCAGAAGUAUGCUCAAGUAGAUAAGAGAGGAAAUUUUGAGGGAAAGAGAGACACAGUCGUUUGUUCUUAUUAUAAGAAGCCUGGACAUUCAGUCGAGAAAUGCUACAGAAUCAUUGGGUUUCCUGCAGAUUUUAAAUUCACCAAGAACAAAAGGUUUCAAGCGGGUAUUCAGGGACAUGCAGCAGCUACAGCAGAUCCUAAUUCUGAACAGACAACCUAUAGUUUGGAGAAAGGAUUCACUCAAGAGCAGUAUCACAAUCUAUGUCAGCUACUUCAACAAGCUAAGUUUACACCACAAGGAGACAUCAGCUCAGAAGUAAAUGUGACUGCCACUUGUGCUGGUAUACCUAAACACUCUUUCUCAAAAAUUGCUAACACUAUUAUUUGGAUCUUAGACUCAGGGGCAUCUAAACACAUGACAUAUGAUUUUAAUCUUUUAUUCAAUGUUAGAACCUUAAUCAAGCCGGUCUUUGUUAAUCUUCCUAACUCGCAAAGGGUUAGGGUCACCCAGGCAGGAAAUAUACAAGUUCUUCCUGAUCUCACUCUCAUUAAUGUUCUUUUUGUUCCUACUUUUAAGUAUAAUCUUCUAUCAGUUCACAAACUUUGUCAGCAUGUUAACUGUCUACUCAUUUUUCACUCUACUGGUACAAUUUUACAGGACCCUUCAAUGAAGAGGCCAGUAGUUCUUGGUAAGGAAAAACAAGGGAUUUAUCUACUCCACCCCAUCAAGCCUAGUAGCAAUUUGGUUGAUUCCCAGUGGUGA